AUGGAUCCCCAGGAAAAAGUGUACGAAGCAUUUUACCACUAUGACUUUAAUUCGGACGAGGGCUAUAAACAAGGUCUACAGCAGGUGUACGAGCAGUACAUAGACAUGCACAAUCAACAGAACCCAACCGAACAAAUCACGGUGGACGGAAUUGACAAAAGUGCUAAGUCAAUUCUGAGUUUGCAGGCAAAGGUAUUUUUCUUCUGCCAGAAAACUGGCGAUAUUCUGAGUCUGGAUGACUAUGAGGUUUGGAAGAGCAAGUACGAGAGUCAUUCCAGACCGGUCACAGAUACAGUUACAGAGACAGCUGCAGAAGCUCCUCCUUACUCUUCGAACUACGAGCAUCUGGUCAACUUGAUAAUGAACAACCAGCCGGUUCCGGGUAUCAAACAAAUACCCAAUGUUGUUCUUGACCCGAGUACGGGGUCGAAACAUGUUCUCAAAGAAAGGAAGAAGCCAUGGGAAGUUGCUGAGCCGACUGGUGGUGAGGAGGCUGUUAAUGAAACAACUAGUACCGAGGAGGCUGUUUAA